CAUUCUGGGAGCCCAGACCUUGUUGUUGUGAGAAGGGACUCCCCAGGCCACGCCCCCGAGGUCUCCAGACUUUGACCUGCACGCCCUUGCACUGCGUCUAAGGCUCGCCCAUCUCCGCCCCCAAGCCACGCCCCCUGCGGGCGGGCGCCCGGUCGGCUUUGCUUGCUGCUGCCUGGUGGUCGGAGCCAAAGAGCGAGGAGUCAUCAUGGCAGCGGUGCUCCGCAGAGGCUGCAGGGUCCUGAGAAGUGUUUCUCAUUUUGAAUGUCGAGCACAACACACGAAGGCAUCUCUCAAGCAGGAGCCCGGAUUAGGGUUUAGUUUUGAGUUGACGGAACAGCAGAAAGAGUUUCAAGCAACUGCCCGGAAGUUUGCCAGAGAGGAAAUAAUCCCCGUCGCCCCAGAAUACGAUAAAAGCGGUGAAUACCCAUUCCCUCUCAUCAAAAGAGCCUGGGAACUUGGAUUGAUCAAUGCACACAUUCCAGAGAGUUGCGGUGGUCUUGGCCUGGGAACGUUCGAUGCUUGUUUAAUUACGGAAGAGUUGGCGUAUGGAUGUACAGGGGUGCAGACUGCUAUUGAAGCAAAUUCUUUGGGGCAAAUGCCUGUGAUUCUUGCUGGAAAUGACCAACAAAAAAAGAAGUAUUUGGGGAGGAUGACCGAGCAGCCGAUGAUGUGUGCCUACUGUGUGACAGAGCCCUCCGCAGGCUCUGAUGUGGCAGGCAUUAAGACCAAAGCUGAGAAGAAGGGUGACGAAUAUGUCAUCAACGGCCAGAAGAUGUGGAUAACCAACGGGGGAAAGGCCAACUGGUAUUUCUUACUGGCGCGCUCUAACCCAGAUCCUAAAGUGCCUGCUAGUAAAGCCUUUACUGGAUUCAUCGUGGAAGCCGACACCCCAGGAAUUCAUAUUGGGAAAAAGGAAUUAAACAUGGGCCAGCGAUGCUCCGACACCAGAGGAAUUGCCUUCGAAGAUGUCAGAGUGCCUAAGGAAAAUGUGCUGAUUGGUGAAGGAGCAGGUUUCAAGAUCGCAAUGGGGGCCUUUGAUAGAACCAGACCUACCGUCGCAGCUGGCGCUGUCGGGCUGGCCCAGAGAGCUCUGGACGAAGCUACAAAGUAUGCCCUGGAUAGGAAAACGUUUGGAAAGCUGCUAGUGGAGCACCAAGGAGUUUCAUUUCUGCUCGCAGAAAUGGCGAUGAAAGUUGAACUCGCUAGACUCAGUUACCAGAGAGCAGCUUGGGAGGUUGACUCUGGCCGCAGGAACACAUACUAUGCCUCUAUUGCAAAGGCCUACGCUGGAGACAUUGCCAAUCAGUUAGCUACUGAUGCUGUGCAGAUUUUCGGAGGCUAUGGAUUCAACACAGAAUACCCCGUGGAAAAGCUGAUGAGGGACGCCAAGAUCUAUCAGAUUUAUGAAGGUACUGCACAAAUUCAGAGGCUGAUCAUAGCUCGUGAGCACAUUGAAAAGUAUAAAAAGUAACAGAAAUUACUACUGAACGAUGCUUCACCCUCAUGUCACUAAGCUUAAAGCAUUGUUGCUGCUUCAGGGGAAAGGGCUUGACUGUCUUCCCAAGGAAAUGAGAUAAAAGCCGAGUGUCACGGAUCCACGCAGCGGGUCCCACGGCGGAGGCUACCUCUGUUGAGCUCCAUGGUGACCCUUUCUAGAUAGAUUUGGUUUUGGACAAUGAUUGGUCCUUAGCCCUGAAUUGUGUUAAUUUGCUCUUUGAUCACUUAAGAUGGAGAAAUACCCUGGGGUUGUAAUGUUCAUUCAAGUGACAGGAAAGGUGGCUUGUCAAGAAAGAACUCAGGAUUCAAACAUAUACACUGAGUAAUGUGGUACAUUUGGACCCAUCAGACUGUGAGGUAACAGCAUUUCUAUGCUGAACUGUCAAUUUUAUAAUUUUGAUUAUAUUUGCUUCAUUUUGCACAAAAGAGUAAAAAGUUUAUAUUCAUAUUCUCCCAUUAUAAAACUAAAAAUUUUCUGGAAAAUUUUAGUACUGAACCAGCAUUUUAUUUGUCAUGUUUAAAAUAAUUCAAUAAAGCUAAUCUUAACAUAUUUUUCUGUGACUCUUCAGGUUUGCACAAACUCUUGGGCUGUUGUACAUAGUUGUGUUUCACACAAAGGACUUUAAAAAGGAACUGAAAUAAAACAAGCUGUGUGCUGGUG